AUGUGGAUGGUGAGAUGGGUCAUCCUGCUGGUAGGACUGCAGUCAGAACAAGCAGCUGUACCAAAUCCUGAUCAUCAGUCCACGAUCUGCAGCACAUGGGGAAAUUUCCACUUCAAGACAUUCGACGGCCAUUUCUUCCAACUGCCAGACACGUGCAGCUACGUUCUGGUGAAGAUGUGCAACAGUCCCGUUUCUGAUUUCAACAUUGAAAUCCAAAGACAGAUUGUAAAUAACUCAAUCACAUUUGGCAAAAUCACAAUAAAUCUGGAAGGGACAGUCAUUGUACUCACCAACAACGACAUCAUCAUGGGAGACCAAGUGGUGUACGAUUCAACCUAUAAGGAUGGAAUUACCAUCGAGCUGAGCCCAAGUGUUAAGAUCUCCAACAAACAUGGAGUGUCUGUCUUUUGGGAGAAGGACAGAUCAUUUUUGAUUGAGCUUUCAGAAAAGUACAAAGAAAAGACCUGUGGACUUUGUGGAAACUUCAAUGGCAACAAGUCUGAUGAUUCCUUUAAAAAUGAAUAUGAUGUGGCUGCAUGGAAAGAGUCUUCAUCUGAAUCCUGUGGGAACAUCGAAAUGCAACCUAAUGGUCAAUGUGAAAACCAGACAAGCCUUUGCCAGGACUAUCUCAGCAGUCCAGGGUUUAGCGGCUGUUAUGAUGUGAUGGACAUGAGUUUAUUUGAAAAAGCCUGUGAGAGCGACCUGUGUCAAUGUUACGGCAGUCAUGAAUGUCUGUGCAGCACACUAACAGAGAUUUCACAGCAAUGCACACAUGCUGGAGGACAACCAGGAACAUGGAGGACAGAACAGCUCUGUCCAAAGACGUGUCCUCUAAACCUGCAAUACCUGGAGUGUGGUGGUCCAUGCAAGAACACCUGCUCAGCCCCAACUGCAGAUCUGAUGUGUACCGAUCACUGUGUGGACGGCUGCUUCUGCCCUGAAGGAAUGGUCGAGGAUGACAUUGGUCAGAGUGGAUGUGUUCCUGUGAACAAAUGUCCAUGUGUACACAAUGACAAAACCUACUCCUCAGGAGACUCGUACACAGAGGCUUGUAAAACAUGUACAUGUGAUGCUGGACGCUGGACCUGCUCAUACCUGGACUGUCCUGGAAUCUGCUCUGUUGUUGGAGGGUCUCACAUCACCACUUAUGAUGGAAAAACCUUCACCUUCAGCGGGAACUGCGACUACAUCCUCACUAAGCACUCUAACAACAGUGAUUUUGCUGUAGUGGGAAAUCUGGCACCGUGUAAUCCGGCCCGAACAGACAUUUGUCUAAACUCAGUUGUCCUUGUCAUCUUGGGAACCACUAUCAGCUUUUCUUCUAAUGGUGAUGUGACGCUGAAUGGAAACAGCCCAUUUAAGCUUCCUGCUAUCAUAGGUCCUGUGAGCAUCUUCCAGCCCUCUUCAUCUUUCAUUAUUGCUGAUUUAAAUAGUAUUCGUCUGGAGAUCCAGCUGGCUCCAGUCAUGCAGUUGUAUAUUAUAGCCAGCACUGAGGAGAAAGGGAAAAUGACUGGUCUGUGUGGAAACUAUAAUGAGGUCCAAAAAGACGACUUUAAAACUGAAUCGGGCAUUAUAGAGGGCACAUCGACAACCUUUGUCAACUACUGGAUAAAAAACAGUGGGCAGUACAGCUGUACAGAUGUUAAAGACACAUUUACAGAAAACCCUUGUAGCUUGCGCAUUGAGACAGAGAAACUUGCUAAAGACUGGUGUUCCCGGCUUACAAAUCAAAGUGGAGUCUUUUCCGCAUGUCAUUCAGAAAUAUGCCCUGACAUUUACUACCAAUGGUGCGUCUAUGACACCUGCAAGUGUGCAGAUAUCAGGAAGUGCAUGUGUGCGGCCCUUUCCAGCUAUGCCCACGCAUGUGCUGCCAGAGGAAUCAUUCUCCAAGGCUGGAUGGAUGCAGAGCCUUGUGAGACUAAGUGUCCAGGGAAUAUGAAAUACUCCUAUGGCGUGACUAGUUGUGACAGCACCUGCCGUUCUCUCAGUGGACAAGAAAGCACCUGCCAAGGGUCCUUCACACCUGUAGACGGCUGCGUCUGCCCUGAGGGAACCUUCCUUAAUGAAGAGGACAGAUGUGUGCCUGCUGAUCAGUGCCCUUGUUAUCUUGAUGACAAGGUCAUACAUCCAUCAGAAACAAUCUCUAAAAAUGGGGUUAAAUGCACCUGCAACCUUGGCAAAUUGGAGUGCUCCAGUCAAGACUGCAAGUCUCCAAUGAUCUUCUUUAACUGCUCUAAUUAUGAACAAGAUCAGAAAGGGACGGAGUGUCAGAGUACAUGUGAGAAACAAGACUCCAACAAUUGUGUCAGCACAGGGUGUGUAUCAGGGUGUAUGUGUCCUGAGGGUCUUCUGGCUGAUGGAGAAGGUGGAUGUGUGGCGAGUUACGAAUGUUCAUGUACCCACAAUGGAGUCACCUAUAAACCCAUGGAGCAAGUUCAACAAGACUGUAACACCUGCACAUGCACAAAUGGUAUGUGGAUUUGUACAGAAGUGUCAUGUUACGAAACCUGUACCAUCUACGGUGAAGGUCAUUACAAGACUUUUGAUGGCAAGAGAUACUCCUACCAUGCAGAUUGUGCACACACUUUGGCCCACGAUUCUUGCAUUAUGGACCAGACUCCCUCAUUCAGACUUGUCUCAGAGAACAAACUUUGUGAAUCCACCAGCACCAUCUGCAAGUCCAUCAGUCUGUUCUUUGGGCCAUCUGAGAUACAUUUAUCUGAGGAUGGAGUCAAAGUUUUGGAAAGCAGCAACACUGAAUACAAAUAUCAAAUCCAUUCUGCUGGGAUAUAUAUUGUUGUAGAGGUCCAGGGUCUUUUGAACUUAAUCUGGGACAAUAAAACAAGUGUGAUUCUUCAACUCCAUCCCAACUUAAAGGACAAUGUGUGUGGACUGUGUGGAAACUUUGAUGGUAAUGCAAAUAAUGACUUUAUGAAACACAAUGGAGAAGUGGUGACCGAUCCAAAGGAAUUUGGGAUUAGCUGGAAGGUGAAACCCGACUGCCCGGAUGUGACAAACAUAAUAGACUUGUGUACAGAAAAUCCACAUCGCAGUGUCUGGUCUGAAAAACGAUGUAGCAUCAUAAAAAGUGAUGUCUUUAAGGAUUGCCACACACUUGUGGACCCUCACCAAUAUUACGACAAUUGUGAAAGAGACACAUGUGGAUGUGAAACUGGGGGCGACUGUGAUUGUUUCUGCACUGCAGUAGCAGCUUAUGCUGCUGAAUGCCGUCGAAAGGGAGCUUGUGUGAAAUGGCGGAGCCCAAAUACAUGUCCUUUAUUUUGUGACUACUACAAUCCUCCGGGAAAAUGUGAGUGGCACUAUGAUUCCUGUGGACCACCCUGCCCAAAAACCUGCAAAAACCCAACUGGAACCUGCUCUGAUCAAAUUCCACUCCUUGAAGGAUGUUUUCCUCAGUGCCCUCCAGAAACUCCAUAUUUGCUGGAUGAAACCAUGACUUGUGUUAAAGAGUGUUACUGUAUCUAUAACGGAAUGCAAUUCACUGUUGGAUCAAUAGUUUACACCAUUGAAUACAAGGAAGGAACAUGUGCCAGUGGUGUAUGUAUAGAAAAUGGGGCAAUAAAAAAUAUUACUAUGGAUUGUCCAACAACCACUCCUUCUACUACUGGUACUAUAACACCACCAUCUACAACAACAGAAAUAUUUAUCUCUACAACUCCAACAGUGACAACUACAACUCCUACAAUACCCACUACUACUGCGAGAACUGGAACCAUGAUCAAAAACAUCUACCACUACAACUCCAACAGUGACAACCACAACUCCUACAAUACCUACUACCACAACACUGCCAUCUACAACAACAGAAACAUCUACCACUACAACUCCAACAGUGACAACCACAACUCCUACGAUAUCUACUACCAUUACUACAGUAACACCACCAUCUACAACAACAGAAAUAUCUACCGCUACCUCUACAACUCCAACACAUCUACAACAACAGAAACAUCUACCGCUACCUCUACAACUCCUACCGUGUCAACCACAACUCCUACAAUACCUACUACCACAAUACCACCAUCUUCAACAACAGAAACAUCUACCGCUACCUCUACAACUCCUACCGUGUCAACCACAACUCCUACAAUACCUAGUACCACUACUACUGUAACUCCACCAUCUACAACAACAGAAAUAUCUACCACUACCUCUACAACUUCUACAGUGACAAGCACAACUCCUACAAUACCUACAACCACAAUACCACCAUCUACAACAACAGAAACAUCUACCGCUACCUCUACAACUCCUACCGUGUCAACCACAACUCCUACAAUACCUAGUACCACUACUACUGUAACUCCACCAUCUACAACAACAGAAAUAUCUACCACUACCUCUACAACUUCUACAGUGACAACCACAACUCCUACCACACCACCACCAUCUACAACAACAGAAACAUCUACCGCUACCUCUACAACUUCUACAUUGACAACCACAACUCCUACAAUACCUACUACCACAAUACCACCAUCUACAACAACAGAAAUAUCUACCACUACCUCUACAACUCCUACCGUGUCAACCACAACUCCUACAAUACCUACUACCACUACUACUGUAACUCCACCGUCUACUACAACAGAAAUAUCUACCACUACCUCUACAACUCCUACAGUGACAACCACAACUCCUCCAGUAUCUACAAUCACUAUUACCCUAACAACACCUAUUUGUCAUUGGUCAGAGUGGUUUGACAACAGCCAGCCCAGUACAGAUGUUGAAGGACAAGAAAUUGAAUCCAUCAAAGAAUUAUGGGAAACUAAUAAAAUUCCCUGUGAGAUACCAGACAAAAUUGAAUGCAUGUCAAAUUAUGAUGAUAAAAACUACACGGGCGAGAACUGGAACCAUGAUCAAGUAGUGUCCUGUAAUACCUCUUUUGGAUUAUUAUGCUCAAACCUUGAUAAUUCAUAUGAAGCUUGUGAUAAUCAUCUAAUACGUGUUUGUUGCAAUGGAUCACUAAGUACCACAACAUCAACUAUCUCUACUACCACAACACCACCAUCUACAACAACAGAAAUAUCUACCACUAUCUUUACUUCUCCUAAAGGGACAGCCACAACUCCUACAUUACCUACUAACACUACUGCUGUAACACCACCAUCUACAACAACAGCCACUACACCGGCUUUCAUUGUGUACACGGGGCCCCCUCCAACCCCCUCCCCUUCACCUAUGCCACAGGAAUUAAAGACUACAACAACUACCACUUGUUUCUGCAUAUACAAUAAUGUAAAAUACCCAGCAGGGUCAACUUUUAACCUACUUGAUAAGUGUUAUUCUGCUUAUUGCAACUCAUCUUGCUCUGUUGUACAACAGAUUAAUUUUGACAACAGCACGACAGACGCAUGCACUAUUAAAACAUGCAAAAAUGGAACGGUCACAUCAAAUCCUGUGCAUUGCGACCCAGUUGUAAUUCCUAAAUGUGUCAACGGCCUUGGACCUGUGAAGGUGUAUUAUAACAACCGGUGCUGCUAUAAAUAUGAGUGUGACUGUUUGUGCAAGGCCUAUGGUGACCCUCAUUAUAGAACUUUUGAUGGACAAUAUUAUACUUUUCAUGGAAACUGCACUUAUGUGUUGAUGGAAGAAAUCAUCCCGACAUACAAUAUCAGUGUUCAUCUUAAGAACUAUUAUUGUGAUGUUGUAAAACGUAUUGCCUGCACCCAGUAUGCAAUUGUUUAUUACAACUCCUACAAAAUCCUGCUGAACAGCACUGAUGAUAAAGUGGUCCAUGUCUAUGUUAAUAAUCAAGUGAAGAUUCCAACAUACAUCACUGAUAGAUUCAUUAUCACCACCACUGGCAUAGCAGCGACUGUGAACAUCACUGACAUUAACGUUCAGAUUAGAGUCAGUGCUUCAGAAGUCUCAAUCAGACUCCCGUUUUCCUCCUUCCGUAAUAAUACAAAGGGACAAUGCGGUUGUUGUGACAACAGCAACACAAAUGACUGCCAGUACCCUAACGGAACAAUCAACAGUUUAUGUGAGAAAACGGCAGCAUUUUGGAAUGUUUCUGAAUGUACACCUCCACCAUCACCUCCGGUUCCACCUAUACCUCCAGUCGUACCUCCCUGUGAAAUCCUCAAGAACAAUGUGUUUAAAAGCUGCCAUGAUGUCGUUCCCUAUAAUGAGUAUUAUCAAGCAUGUAAAUAUGAUGUGAUCACUAUGGGAAAUGAGUCUUAUGGCUGUGCUAGUGUGGAGUCCUAUGCACAAUUAUGUAGCCGUAAAUCUAUCUGUGUGGACUGGAGAAGCUCACCUGAACUUAAAGGGCUUUGUGAUUUCAAGUGUCCCAGUUCCAAAGUCUACAAGGCAUGUGGACCGAAAGUGGAAAAAUCCUGCAGUACAUCGUACAACACAAUGUAUGCGGAUACACAAUGUCAAAGCAACGAUUGUAACCAAACAUUAGCAGAAGGUUGUUACUGUCCUGAUGGACAAUAUCGGGUUAAUUUGGCAUCAAAUUUGUGUACAGCUUACUGUGACUGCAUUGGCCCUGAUGGAUCACCUAGAAAGCCUGGAGAAAUCUGGACAUAUCAGUGUUACAACUAUACAUGCCUUAAUGCUGGUGUCUAUGUGAAAGCUCCUGUAACGUGUCAAACUGUAAAUACAUGUGGUGAUGGAUACAAAAGCGCUGUUAAAAACUGCUGCCCAACAUGUGUUUGUGAUUUUGAGCAAUGUCUUCAGAAGAAAUGUGAUGUGGGAUUUGAGUUAGCGUUGAAUAAAACUGAAGGCAGUUGCUGUCCACCCUGCGUGCAAAAGGAUGUCUGUGUGUACAAUAGCACUGAGUACAAGGUUGGCGUCUACCAUUUCACUUGUCAAACUUUGAACUGUCGUCAAGUUAAUGGCUCAUUUGUGGCAGAGAUGAUCACAACUCAGUGCCCUUACAUGAGUUCACAGGACUGUGGGCCUGGCUUUGAAUAUGUGAAACAAGAAGGAGAUUGUUGUGGAACAUGUGUGCAAACGAAAUGUACUUACAUGAUGGACAACACCACAUACACACUUCAGGUUGGAGAAGUUCACAGUUACAAAUGUGAAAAUGUGACCUGUAGUAUCAUUAGUGGCUCUCCUGUGACUGAGAGGAACUCUGAGAAGUGCACUUACUUGAGCUCACUUGACUGUAAACUUGGCUCUGAAUACGUCUAUCAAGAAGGAGAUUGUUGUGGAACGUGUGUGCAAAGGAACUGUACUUACAUGAUAGACAGCACCACAUACACUCUUCAGGUUGGAGAAAUUCACAGUUACAAAUGUGAAAAUGUGACCUGUAGUAUCAUUAGUGGUUCUCCUGUGACUGAGAGGAACUCUGAGAAGUGCACUUACUUGAGCUCACUUGACUGUAAACUUGGCUCUGAAUAUGUGAAACAAGAAGGAGAUUGUUGUGGAACAUGUGUGCAAAGGAACUGUACCUACAUUAUGGACAACACCAUGUAUACUCUUCAGGUUGGAGAAGUUCACAGUUACAAAUGUGAAAAUGUGACCUGUAGUGUCAUUAGUGGCUCUCCUGUGACUGAGAGAAACUCUGAGAAGUGCACUUACUUGAGUUCACUUGACUGUAAACUUGGUUUUGAAUAUGUCAAUCAAGAAGGAGAUUGUUGUGGAACGUGUGUGCAAAGGAACUGCACUUACAUGAUGGACAACACCACAUACACUCUUCAGGUUGGAGAAGUUCACAGUUAUAAAUGUGAAAAUGUGACCUGUAGUGUCAUCAGUGGCUCUCCUGUGACUGAGAGGAACUCUGAGAAGUGCACUUACUUGAGCUCAGUUGACUGUAAACCUUUCUUUACAUAUGUGAAAAAAGAAGGAGAGUGCUGUGGAACAUGUAAACAAACAUGUUGUUUUUAUGAAGCGCCAGACAACACCACGCAUACUCUCAAGAAUGGAGAGGCGUACACAUCCAAAUGCGAGACCGGUACCUGUCAUGAAGUGAAUGGCUUGUUUGAGACUGAGAAGAAGAUUAAGGAAUGCCCUCCAUUUAAUCUAGACGACUGUGAGCCUGGAACAAUAAAAUUUGACUCAGAUCAAUGCUGUUACACAUGUGAAACUCGCAACUGUGUUCGUCAGAGAAAUAUCACCCGUCUGCAAGUGGAUGACUGCACUUCUGUACAGGAUAUAGAAAUUACAUCCUGCACUGGCCACUGCGGCUCCAUGUAUUCACUGUACGCCAAUCAAAUGACCAGCUGCUCCUGCUGCCAGAAAGAUAAGUCUACCAGUUUACCAGUGAAGCUGAAGUGCACCAAUGGAACAGAGAUCGAUUAUAACUACACUUACAUAGAGACAUGCAAAUGCACUCCAAUGAAGUGUGCAGACAAACAUUAAAGGCACAUAAGAGAUCCUGCUUUAAAUUUGACUCUGUAAUCUGACACUGAGAAAACUCCCAAUUUAAACUAUAUAUCAGAAAUUAAUGAUAGUGAUG